AGAGUAACUGUUGGGUUGGACAAAAAAUGACAACCCCAGUUAAACUUCGGAUUAUCAUGGGAGAAAACAACUCCGAAAAAUUGACUCUGCCUUCUGGAAUACCAGAGUCAGUAGAAGACCUCAAACUUGAGAUCAAGAGACAAUGUGCAGUUGCAGAGGACUUCCGGCUACAAUACAUGGACGUUGAUUUUGACAAAUUUAUAAAUCUGACCUCAACAGCGGCUCUCCAACACUUGGGCACGGUUAAAGUGAUCACAAAUGCACAGGAAGCAACUGGUGAAGGUAGUACUCCUCAGGUACUGAGAAGUCUCUCAGUGGAAUCCACUUCCCUUCCUUCUACCGACACCGAGAUACUCUCUACCCCUGAUUCAUCACAAUCACCAACCUCGAUGCUGAGAUCUCAGGCCUGGCCAGCAAGCUUCCCUAUUCCACAGUUUUCCUAUGAAGUAGAGCUGCAACUUGUGAAAGCCAAUCAGGAAUAUCACAAAAAUGGCACCCUCCUCAACCCAAGCCCAAAACUCAAGUCUGCAAUUUUAGAGUCCUUGGCUUCUGUAAUAAUCAAGUACAAAGCAUACCCUACAAGUGCAGAGUUUGAUGAUGUUGCAGAGGCUUUGAUUAAAACACAUGCAUGCCUAAAGGAGCAAGGUUCUGUGACAGGAUUCUACGGUUGGAAGAUUAGUUUAAAAUAUAAAAUGGCAAAUUAUCGCAGUAGCCUGAGAAACAUAACCUCUGAAUUGAGCAUCAAUUCCAUGAAUCGCAGAGGAGGCCACACAAGUCCAAAUCAAGUGAAGAAACCGAGGAAAGCUGAGGUGAAUUUUUUGCCAGACUAUCCAGUUGGCGAAAACCAAGAGACUCUUGAGAAUGAGAGGUUGGAAUUACUGUCUGAGGUCAAGAAGAGGGACAACAAUCAAAUCAUAAAAGUGAAGAUGGACAAAACUUUUGCCUACAGGAGGAAAGAAGUUGUAGUUGACAUGCCCUCCAUUGCAGAAUUUCAAAGCAGAUGGCCAGCUCUUUUUGCUGAAAGUGAGAUAAGUGCAGAAUUUACACGUAUUACCACCAUCCCACUGAUGUCCAAGUUUAUGUCAGAACUUGACCACCACUCUGCUAAGCUGUCCAGGGUGUGCCUUAAGAAGCGAGGAGUAGCAGGUCGCAAGAUUGCAGAGAUCAUGGCUUCCAUCAACGAGAAUGUGUUGGGAAAAAUAACCAGCUGA